AUGCACCUGGCGGUGACGGAGCUCGUGGUUCCGACCAAUAAGAGCCAGGCGGCGUGCGAGCUUCCGUACCAAGAUGGCCGCCUGCCGCUGCUCUUCCUGUACGGCGGCGUGCUCGCCGUUGGUUUUCCCGCCAACCUGCUGACGCUGCGGCUCACCUGGCUGCAGGUGCGACGGCGCAGCGUUCUGGGCGUUUACCUGCUGGCGCUGUCGCUGUGUGACCUGGGCUACCUGUGCACGCUGCCGCUGUGGGCGCGCUACGUGCACGGCGGCCACGUGUGGGCGUGGAGCUCGGCGGCGUGCCGGCUGACGGGCUUCCUGUUCUUCACCAACAUGUACGUGAGCAUCUUCCUGCUGGUGUGCGUGUCAUGUGACCGCUACGUGGCCGUCGUCUACAGUCUGGAGUCUCGCGGGCUUCGCCGCCGUCGCCACGCCGCCGCCGUGACCGUCGCCGUGCUGCUGGCGGUGAGCGUCGGCCACGCGCCCGUGUUCUCCAUGAGGGAGGGCGAAGGCGGCGAGGGCGAGCGGCGCUGCUUCGAGCCGGGACGCAGCGCCACGGUAACGGGCUUCUACUACGCUCGCUUCCUGCUGGGCUUCCUGCUGCCGCUGCUGUUGCUCGUGGCGACCAACCGCGGUGUGCUGGGCGGCGUGCGGCGCAGCACGGGGCUGCGGCGGGAGCAGAAGGAGCGCGUGCGGCGGCUGGCGGUCGCCGUGGUGAUGCUGUUCCUGGUCUGCUUCGCCCCGUAUCACCUGGUUCUGCUGCUGCGUGCUCUGCUCUACAGCGCCACCUCACCGCCCGGCUGUCUGAUGCAGCGCCGCCUGGACGCCGCCUACACCGCCUCCCUCGCUCUGUCCACCGUUAACAGCGCCGCCAACCCCGUCCUCUACGUGCUGUCCAGCCACAGCGUCCGCAGGGAGCUGCGGGGGGGCGUGGCUCAACUCUGGACCCGAUGUUUUGACUUCCUGUUGACGGAGGGUCAGCUUCCUGUCGCCCUGCUGCUGGUUGCCAUGACAACAGACUCAGAGAAGAAGUGGGUCAGAUCAUGA